UGGCGCAACCGCUGUGUCAAAACGCACCAGCUUAUUGUUUAUCAGUAUAUGGCACUGACAACACAUUUAUAUACAAAGACGUUCUUCAACGAUGGAAAUAUUUGGAAAAGGAAGCUAGUCGUUAUGGAAUACAAAUAUUGGGUUACUCCUCUGAUGGAGAUACGCGGCUUCUAAAGUCUAUGCGUAUAAGAGCAAAACUUCCUUUCAAACAAACGCAGGAGCCUAAUUGGCCGUGGUUUCAAAUACCCAUAGACAAUGAAUUUAACCUUGAAAACUGGCAAUGUUUUACACAAGACGAGGUUCAUAUCGGAACUAAACUACGAAAUCGCCUACUUAUAGCCAAUAUUUAUUUACCGAUAGGAAAUUUUACUAUAUCCGUAACGCAUAUUGAAGAACUAGUGAAGAAUCAACCAAAAGACAAACAUUUUUAAACGAUUUCCGAUCUACAUCCAACAGACCGAAUGAACUUCAAAUCAGUGGAAAAAAUUACAUCCUUAGAAGUAUUGGAAUUGCUGAAGAGCGUAGAAGGUUCAGAAGGCACAAUCUCGUAUUUGAAAGUCAUCAGUUACAUAUUAAACGCAUUCUUAAAUAAAAACAUAUCUUUAGAAAAAAGACUGUAUUAUAUUUGGUACGCUGUGUUUUUCUUCCGCAUAUGGAGAUAUUGGAUAAAAGAACACAAAACAUAUAAACUAACCGAUAAUUUCAUCACUUUAAACGCCUACCUCUGUGUAGAACUAAAUGCACACUAUUUGAUAAAACUUGUAUGCAUAUUUCGAAGUAACAAUUUUCAUUCUGAUAUGUUUUGUGCGUGGCUAUUUAGCAGCCAAUGCUGUGAAAAAAAAUUUUAGAGCUACUAGAUCAAUGACAACAACACAGUCGACAGUAGUUAAUUUCAGUAUUAAGGAUAUUAUAGAUCGCAUAGAACGAAUUAAAGUCGUAAAUAACAUUGUGGAAGACUUAAAAGAUACCAUUAUUUUUCCAACAGAAAAAAAUGUUGCCAUAGGCGAAGAACAUACCAUUAACUACAACGAUUUUAGCAACAAGUAUAUUGGAGAAAUCGUCGAAGAAGCUUUGAAGGAUGUCUGCAAGGGUAUGGAAGAUCUAAGAAUAUCUGUUAAAGCUGCAAGUUGGAACUUUGUUACGAAGAACGAAGCUGAGGAAGAGAAAGAACCCGAUCUCGAUAAUGAAAAUGAUGAUCUCUACCAUUGUGAUAUGGACUCGGAUAUUGAAUGUGAUAAUGACAAUCAAGAAGGAAACAAUAUGUUUCAAAAUUUUCUAGCUGAGAAUCAAAUUGAUAGUGUUGACUUCGACCCAGACUCCAACAAUAAAAAGAGGGCUAAUAUAAAUAUGAGCUUAGGAGGUUCAAAUAUAAAAGAUUAUUCUGACAAAGUGAACGAAGUUACUCCGGAUAAUCAGUAUGUACAAAUAGAUUUAGGAAAAGAAAGAACCGCUGUGAUAAAAAAAUCUACUUAUUGCUGGUUGCUAGAAGAAGAAAAAGGCAGAGUAAAUGCAGACCGCCUAAGAAGGUUUUUCGGAUUAAAAAAACGUACACGCAGUAAAACGUCAAACUCGACUUCUCGUAAAACCUUGGGCAAAAAACCAAAGGCAAAGUCGUAAAAAAGAAACGAAAGAAGGAAAAACAUUUGGAAAUGAAAACUUGCUCUUCUUCCGACUGUACAUCUGAUGAUGAGAAUGAAGUCACUGUUUCCUUUGAUGACUCAACAGACACGGAAGAUUUUCCUGACGACCUAUCGGUUGAUCGAUGAAUCAGAGGACAAAACCAAAAACUUUGGAGGUUGACAAAUAUUACGCUGUAUUUUAUGAAGAAAGAUGGUAUAUAGGCAGAACUGUUCAAAAAACCGACAGCAAAAAGUACAAAAUUCAGUUCUUACGACAAGAUUUGGAUUUUUUUGUAUGGCCGAAAACACCAGACAUCGCGGUUGUAGAUGAAGAGUAUGUAUUUUACGGUCCCAUUAAUUUACUUGGUAACGGCAUAUUUCAAAUUAGCAGACAUGAUGAUGUAGAAAUAAAGAAAUUACACAAAGCUUUCAAACAAAAUUAUAAAUAGCUUUAAAUCUGUUUUGUCAGUAUUAUUAUUUUCUGUUUUUAUAUAGAAAAACUCAAUGUUUUUAUUUGCCAAAGAAUAUAUGUUAAUUUUUAUUGACUUUUAUUUGGGUGUUUUACUUAAAUACACACGUGGAUAUGCCGUCCGAAGGGAGAGGAGGUACGAGUAUGUAAGAGGAAUUACGGGGAAGUACACGGAAGUACGGGGAAGUAUCGGGAAGUAUAAGGAAUUAUGAGGAAAUACACGGAAGUACAGGGAAAUACUAGGAAUAUAAGUAGGAAGUAUAAGGAAUUAUUUGUCAAAGGGGAAGUAGGUGUACAAAAUUUGAACUAGCGGUUUACCCCUCGUGUUAUUGUAAAAGAUUUUACUGUAAAAGGUAUAAAAAAAAAGGCCAGGAUAUUGCUGAACAAUUGGAAAGAUAUUUUGUCAGUGAGGAUCCUUCCACUGAAAGAAGUACAAAAUUUAAAAGAGAACUUCACAAAUGCUUGGCUCCAUACAACGAAAUUUUUAAAGAUCUGUCAGCCAACAAGAAACAACCCAAAAUAAGAUUUUUUGUAAAAAAGAAAUAAUGAAACAUUAUUCUGUGCUGAACAAGGAGCAGAGGAUGAUGUUUCGCCAAAAAGAAAGCGCCCUCGCGUGAUUAGUAGUGAUGACGAAGAGAUGUAAUAAGUAAUAAUAAUAUUAUGUUAACAUUAAUCUUUUUGUAAACUUGCUUUAGUAAGUA